UGAGGAGGCGGUGGCAGCCGCUGCGGCCCGCGUCAAGGUGACCGGCCGGGACUGCGGCGGCGGCGGCGGCGUGUGUGCAAUCCUGUCACGCCACGGACUGUGACUUCUCUGCCCACCAUCCGGUGGCCCUGGCGCAGCUUCCGGCACGUAAGGCUCCUGUUUGGAAAGAGACCUGCUGGGACCAUUUAUCCUGUUGGCCUGGGAUUAUGAAGCCCAACACGUGUUCCUGGACUUGUCCAGACAGGUUAUGUCACCGACAGAGGCUGCCCUGAAGCUCCCUGUGGCCCGGAGACUAUGUACAAGAGGAAUGGUCUGAUGGCUAGCGUGUUGGUCACCUCCGCCACUCCACAGGGCAGCAGCAGCUCAGACUCUCUGGAGGGCCAGAGCUGCGACUAUGCCAGCAAGAGCUACGACGCCGUUGUCUUCGAUGUCCUGAAAGUGACUCCCGAGGAGUUUGCUAGCCAGAUCACACUAAUGGACAUACCCGUGUUUAAAGCCAUCCAGCCGGAGGAACUAGCCAGCUGUGGAUGGAGUAAGAAGGAGAAACAUAGUCUCGCCCCCAACGUCGUGGCCUUUACCCGGAGGUUUAACCAGGUCAGUUUUUGGGUUGUACGAGAAAUUCUAACAGCACAGACUUUAAAAAUAAGAGCAGAAAUCCUGAGCCAUUUUGUGAAAAUAGCCAAGAAACUUCUAGAACUCAACAACCUUCAUUCUCUCAUGUCUGUGGUGUCAGCAUUGCAGAGCGCGCCCAUCUUCAGGCUGACGAAAACCUGGGCUCUUUUGAAUCGAAAAGACAAGACCACCUUUGAGAAACUGGACUACCUGAUGUCCAAAGAAGAUAAUUACAAGCGGACUCGGGAGUAUAUCCGAAGCCUGAAGAUGGUUCCCAGUAUUCCCUAUCUAGGCAUCUAUCUUCUGGAUUUAAUCUACAUUGAUUCUGCGUAUCCUGCCUCAGGCAGCAUCAUGGAAAACGAACAAAGAUCCAAUCAGAUGAACAAUAUUCUCCGAAUAAUUGCUGACUUACAAGUUUCCUGCAGCUACGACCACCUCACCACCCUGCCUCAUGUGCAGAAGUACCUGAAGUCCGUGCGCUACAUCGAAGAGCUCCAGAAGUUUGUGGAGGACGACAACUACAAACUGUCACUCCGAAUUGAACCAGGAAGCAGCUCCCCGAGACUAGUCUCUUCCAAGGAAGAUCUUGCAGGUCCGUCCAGCGGCUCCAGUUCCGCAAGGUUCAGCCGGCGGCCCACCUGUCCGGACGCCUCUGUGGCCGGCAGCCUCCCCACACCCCCAGUUCCGAGACACAGGAAGAGCCACAGUCUGGGCAACAAUAUGAUGUGUCAGUUGAGUGUAGUUGAGAGUAAAAGCGCGACAUUCCCGUCGGAGAAAGCGAGGCACCUGCUAGACGACAGUGUCCUAGAGUCCCGCAGCCCCCGCAGGGGCCUCGCCCUCGCCUCCUCCUCCGCCGUCACCAACGGACUCUCCCUCGGCAGUAGUGAGAGCUCAGAGUUUAGUGAAGAGAUGUCUUCAGGGCUGGAAAGCAGGGGACGUCUCUAUGCCACACUGGGACCCAACUGGCGCGUUCCAGUCCGGAAUUCUCCCAGAACCCGGAGCUGCGUCUACAGCCCCACAGGCCCGUGCAUCUGUACGCUGGGGAGCUCUGCAGCGGCCCCCACCAUGGAGGGGCCUCUGAGAAGGAAAACUCUGCUCAAGGAGGGACGGAAGCCUGCGCUGUCUUCAUGGACCAGGUACUGGGUCAUACUCUCAGGAUCCACCCUCCUGUACUACGGAGCCAAGUCGUUGCGGGGCACAGACAGAAAGCACUAUAAAUCGACACCUGGCAAGAAGGUCUCCGUCGUGGGCUGGAUGGUGCAGCUGCCUGACGAUCCUGAGCACCCGGACAUCUUCCAGCUGAAUAACCCCGACAAAGGCAAUGUUUACAAGUUCCAGACUGGCUCCCGGUUCCAUGCAAUCCUGUGGCACAAGCAUUUGGAUGAUGCAUGUAAAAGCAACAGGCCUCAGCAAACAAAUCCCUGAAUGAAAGUUCUAGAGUGCUGUCUACGACCUGUGGAGUAGAUAGCUAGUAUCCUCAUGAUGCCAUGCCAACAGCUCACUCACCUAUCCCCAAGAGGAAUUUUCACUUCUCUCUGUCAAACGCGUUCUGUAACUCAAGGUCAACCAAGUGCACUCUGACAACUGAAAGUUUCUGGAGGACGGAUUUGGUGGAAAGCUGUAGAAAUAUUGAUCUGAGUGUGCCCAUUGGGACAGUGUGGCCUGCCUCCCCUCCCUGGAGAAGCCAGUUCAUCACCCUGUCCCCUGUGGACCCUGAAGAGAAGACAGUGAAGGGGUUCUGCUUAUGAAAGAACCCACUCUCUCUUGCCAACUGAAUUUACAAAGUGUUUUUUUUUUUUUUUUCUUACCAAUGUGGCCAGUAUUUCUUUCAUCGUCUUCCUCCCACCUUCCAAGCCCAAGAAGUGUGUCUUUUAGGAUGCCAUUUGACAGAUGGAAGAAUGGUCCACAAAACAGGAAGCCCUUACAAGCAAGGUCUGCUUUCAAUCCACAGGUAGAGAGUCUAGAGUUCUGGACCCACAUUACUGAUGCUGAGAACCAGGUGAACAGUGCUGAAAACACAACCUGACUUACCUAUUGUGACUUGGUAAAUCAUUUUAAUCACACAUCAUUCUGAAAUGUUGGGUGAUUUCAUGUUUUAAAAAGAAAAGAAAAACAAAAAAACUACAAGAGUCCUUUUGAAAUAACAGACCCUCUGUGUAAAGCCACCCAUUCGUCCAUCGAUUAUCAUCUCUAGUGAGUGCUUCCUGUGUGUCAGACUCUUCCUCGGGAUUGAAGUGGCCGAGAACAAGAUAAACCUAAGCCCUGCCCUCAUGGAGCUGACCUCUCAACGAACAAAUCGUCCUCACCACGCCAUUUCCUCUCUCCCAGCAAGACCCUGGCUCCCCACCCCCCACAACCCCCACCCAGCACUGGGUAGAAACCCUGUGUGGAUUCCUCCAGAAAGGCUUCGAAAGGCUCAACAGACUGAAUAGUCUUCAAUUUGUGAGUCCAGUUACUGUCCGAGUGGCCGGUUGGCACAGGACAGCCAGACACAGAGCUAUGGCUGGACACAGGAUUCCGAGGUGGAACGAGAGAGUCACAUCAGAACGCUUAGAGUAUUUACUUCAGAAGUUCUUUGUUUUUAAUUUCAGUGUUAAAUACAAGUACAACUUGAGCGAGAGCUGCUUUCCCUUGGGUGUCAAGAACUUGUCCCACGGACCACCUCACCACUGGUGCACAAAUGUGUGUGCGCCACAGGCAGCCCCCAACCCCCUGCUCGCAGCAGCAACGAUGGAGCAUCUGUGAGUUCUGUAAUCACUCAUCUCUUUAUCCGUUUCUGAACGACUGUGACCAUUCAGUAACAAUAGUGAUUAAUUUAGUGUGGUAAAAUCUUCAAUAAAUUUUGUGCCAAAAUGCAUGGUUUUUCACUUAGCAUUCAAAAUGUUGCAUAGAGAGUAGUUUUCAAUUUCUUAUGUAUUCCUCCAAGUAAGUUGAAAAUCACUUUUUACAUUUCAGUUUGUUUCUUGUUCGAUCUGUUGCACUCUCCUGGGCUGUCUUUUUUUUCCAGCAGACCCCCCUGCAUGCAGUUGUGUAAGGACUUUCCCUAAUUCUUGUGAAUUGUCUCAUCCGCAGUAACCACUGAACAUCAGCCCUCUAUGGGAUUCUUUAGAUUUUUGGUGAAGUAUUUUGUUACCUCAGUCUUGUUGCUGUAUUUUUCAGCUUGUUACGCGGAUAAUAAUUGUUUCACUAAUUAAAUACUUUAGUGUAUAAACAUUUUUGUUUACUUUGAAAUUAAAUGUUUUUUCC